UUCUUAACUGUAGAGUAGGGUGACGGUGGAGCUACCCCUACCCAGUUAUUUGAGGAUUGAAUUCUAGGAUCCGUGGAUCAUGCUCAUUCCAGGGCCAAGCACGGGACCAGGGCAUGCAUACUGGUGCCAGUUGUUCCUGCUCCUGUUGUUCAUUUCUCUAAGCUCGGGCCACGUGAGGCCCACGGAUCUCUGGGGAGAUGAAGUUCUGCUGCCUUUCCUUCCGGCAGCCUUAUGCAGGUUUUGUCUUAAAUGGGGUCAAGACUCUGGAGACUCGUUGGCGUCCUUUGCUGAGCAGCCACCGUCACUGUACCAUCGCCAUCCACAUUGCUCACAGGGACUGGGAAGAUGCCGUCUGGAGGGAACUGCUGCUGCAGAGGCUGGGGAGGAACCCCGCUCAGAUUCAGUCCUUGCUUCGGGAAGGGGAGAAGUAUGGCCGUGGAGUGAUAGCUGGGCUCGUUGACAUUGGGGAAACUUUGCAGUGCCCGGAAAACUUAGCCCCCGAUGAGCUUGUGGAACUGGAAAAUCAAGCUGUACUGACCAACCUGAAGCAGAAGUACCUGACUGCACUUUCAAACCCCAGGUGGUUACUGGAGCCCAUACCCCGGAGAGGUGGAAAGGAUAUCUUCCAGGUGGACAUCCCAGAGCACUUAAUCCCCAUGGGGCAGGAGGACUCCUCACAGGAAGAUUACCGAGAAACCAGCUGACUCAUGACCAUCAACACACCAUCCUGCCGCAGACACAUAAAUCAGGCUUAAUCUGAAUUGGCACCACAGUGGAGAGCGCUACCCACCACCUGCUGUUCACGUAAACAGCCUUCUGCAUUCAGAUGCACCAGGCUUUCCUCAGGGGAUGCCUCCCUGGACUUAUUGACAGUCUCAAGGACUUUGACCUUUAGAAAAAAAGGCAAAGCUUCCAUUAAGUAUCUUGGUGUUGUCACUCAUUUAGGUCCUGCUCAUGCCUGAGUUGUACAAAGAAACGUGUUUUAAGAGAACAGGUUAGUGUUCAGGACUCCCUUACAUGUUUUCUCCUCUCUUUGUUCUGGUCAAACUCAUAGAAUGCUUCAGCAGCAUCCAGGGGAUGUUGUGGGAGGGCUGGGAGCGGGCCCUGAAUGGUUGCCCGAGGGUGACCAGCCAGGGGCGGGACUGCCUCAUGCACCAUGAAGGGGACAUCAGACUUUGAAACACAGCACCUGUCUGCCCUGGCAAGUGACUCUUGCUCUGUUGUAAAAGUGUCCCUUGGCUCAUGAAGCCAUGUGUUAGACAUGUCACAUAGCUACUUUGUGACCAAAGAGAGGAUCUGAAAUAGAGCUCUGAUGGAAAAAUGAUGAGUAUUUUGUUUCUUUGA